AUGGCAUCCUCAACCCUUGUUGUGGUUGUAGUGUUACUAAUACUAAUAAUAUUCUCGUCCAAUAAAGUGUAUGGUGAUGAACAACAACUACAACAAGAGUCAUGUUCUACAAGGUGCGGUGUCCAUAACAUCAGCCCUCCUUUCCGAUUGAAAAACAGUCGACGAAAAUGUGGUGACAAAAGGUACAACUUAUCAUGUGAGGACAACAACCAAUUGAUUAUGUACAAUGGAUCAUAUGGAAAAUACUAUGUACAAUCAAUUCAUUACAACAACUUCACCAUACGAAUAUUGGAUUUCAAUCUUCGUUCUAAUAAUUCCCUCCCUCCUUAUUAUUCUCUAGGACGCUAUAAUUUCAGUUCUGAAUUUCAAUCACCCUAUCUUUUCUAUCAAUACAAAAACUUUUCUUACACAGAUAUAUUAACAAAGUCUAUGAUAUAUGUGACUUGUCUGAAUCCGGUGGAACAUUCAUCUGGUUAUAUGUACGGUCCUAACUGCAUGAAUAGUUCUUCGCAUUUACGGUACGGGAAUUCUUUCUAUGUUAGUGGCUACAACAAAACUCUUUCACAAUUGAAGCUGGGAGACAAAUGUCGUAUAGAAUUGAUGUUUCUCACAUCUUCUUGGCAAGUUAAAGGUGGAAACAACAACAACAACAUUUCUUGCAAGAACAUUCGUCGCAUGAUGUUUGAUGGAAUUGAACUUUCUUGGAUUAACAGUCUUUGUAAAGAUAUAUGGUCUGUCGAGUUCGACCAAUAUAACCAGCCUCGCUGUGUAUCUUCAGGUUUGCACUAA